AUGCCUGAUCCCCUCGCGAUAACCUCCCUUGUCCUUGAAGUAGGAAAGAUUGUAGCGGACUUGAUCAAGUACGGAAAAGCAGUGAAAAGUGCCCAGUCUGACGUCGCAAAGUUGACCGAGGAGCUGUUGGCGCUGAAAGGCAUCCUAGAACAACUCUCAGCCCAGGCAAAGGGAGAAGAUAAUGCCACUAUAACUGACCCCCAUUAUUUGAAGGAUGCGCUUUUGGAAACAGAGACCACGCUUCAGUCCCUCUUAUCUGACCUUGGGCCGCCAACGAGUAGAUUGGGUCAGAUUAAGCGGAAGCUAGAAUGGCCAUUUGCGAGAGACACCUUCGAAGCUCACAUUGCUCGCAUCGAAAGGACCAAAUCAUUCUUGAUGAUGAUUCUCAUGAGCGACGCCAGGGCCUUGCAGCAGGACAUGCAUGGUAGAAUAUCGGAUCUCACCAGGAGGCUCGAGGAGGAUUUGCAGGUUCGAAAGGAUGAGAAGAUCUCAGUUGCUCACCGAGAAUUAUGCAAGUGGAUUUCUCCCGUUGACACAGCCAGUGUGCAUCGACGAGCGGCAAAAGAACGAGUCCACAACACAGGCGCUUGGUUUCGUGAGGGCAUUUUCAAAGACUGGCUGCAGCAGAAAGGGCCCGCAAAGCAGAUCCUGUUCCUCCAGGGCAAGUCCGGCGCAGGAAAGACGACUCUAUUCUCCAACAUUGUCGAUGGUCUGAGUUCCUCUCGACUGGGAGAAAAUGACGCCGUCUCGGCAUUCUUCUACUGCCAGUUCAGCGAUCCAGCCUCCCACGAGCCUGUCAACAUCUUGGGAUCAUUCGUGGCUCAGAUCGCCGAGUGGUUCCCGGCAAUACUGGAUGACAUACUCCCAGAAUAUGAGGCCACCAUGCACUCCAAAACCCGUAAGUCAGCGGUUGACAUCGAUACUCUAGAGGAGGCGAUCGUCAAGCACGUCAGAGGUCGACGGCCUGUUCUUUUUAUGAUUGAUGCCAUCAACGAAAACGCCGCUGCAAUCAAAAAUGACAUUGGCAUUUUCACCAGCUCGACGCUCAAAAAGAACAGAAUGCUCCGAAAUCUGCCCAAGUCAUUGCAAGAGCACAUCCAGACGAAAAUCGUUGAAGGGGCAGACGGAUCAUUUCGCUGGGCAGACUUAUCCCUAAAAAACCUAUGCGCAUGUCAAACGCCAGCGGAAGUACGCGAAGCGCUAAAGGUACUCCCAGAGACCUUGCAAGAUGUAUAUGCUUCGAUAUUGGAGAGAGUCUCGACGCGAGACCGAGAAUGGGCACGCAGCGCGUUACUUUGGGUCACGUUUGCAAAGCGGCCGCUCGUUCUUGAGGAACUCAGUCAAAUCGUCUUGGUCAAAGAGGAGACAACGGCCCUAGACGAUGAAAUGAAGCUCGUCUUCCCACGAGUGUUGCUCGAAAUAUGCCAGGGUCUCAUUGAGGAGGGCGAAUCCGGGAAAUUAUAUCUGGCACAUGCGUCUGUUCGGGAGUUCCUUACCUCACCAUGGAUACGGUCGCCAGAUUCGAGUGUUCAUUAUUUUGGCCUCGACCCCAAGGACGCUGAUAGGAUGAUCAUGAUCAAAUGCCUGCAUUAUCUCUGUCUGGAGAACUUUCGGUCUGGGUAUGUCGGAUCCAUUGAUGCCAUGGUGGAACGGGACGAGGACUAUCCCUUCCUAGACUAUGCGGCCAAUUUCUGGACGGUACAUUGCCAGUCACACAGUCUCGAUGACCAAGGGGCGAAGGCAAUUUUGCGGCUCUUUGAUCUGUGGCAUCUUCCUCGUCGGGGGAAUUAUGGGACAUGGGCCCAAGCAAUCGCCCCUGAAAACGACGUGGAAAGGAUAGAAAGUUCAAAUCCUCUAUACUAUGCAGCUCGAUUUGGACUGUCAGACGUGCUGAAGGAACUGCUCAAGGAUGCUUCACUGGAAGACAUCGAGUGCCCUGGUGGGCGUUUCGGCUCGACUCCUUUCUUCGUUGCCUGCUGGAUGGGACAUUUUGAUACUGCGGAGCUUCUCCUCGAAGCCGGAGCAAAUCCAUACGUCGUAGAUCCCAGUACAGGAUUCAUGGUGUAUGAGCUUCCUGGGAUUGCUCGAAGUCCACGGAUCAUGGCUGUCCUUGCGAAUCCACUGCCAGGCACGACACAGAACUCCGAUGCAAGUACAAGUACCCAGGGCCAACAGGGAGAGGGUCAGGAUAUGAUUCGAGAGAUGCAGAAGACUGCACAUCGCCUCCAACACUUGGAAAUAAUCACAGAAGCUGACUUUACCCCGAGGACGCUUCUUGAAUCUCCUCCACAGCGGAUGUUCGAGGACCAGCUCAUCUAUAUGUUCCCCAAAAUCGACGACAUGUUGGUGGCUCGACUGGGGCAUCUACAGCGUUGUCGAUACCGACUACUUAUGAUACUUCAACAGAAACAUGACGAAGCAGUUCGGGCAGGCUCCUGUCAAGCUGAAAAGCAUUGUAUUAGUCUGCAAAGCAACCUCAUACCGCAACCGCGCCUGUACGCAGACAAAAUGGAAUGUCCCGUCUGCUUUGAAGUCCAACAAUUCGACACGAUAGUCGAAUGGCAAAAACACAUUCAAACCGACGCUGCACUUUUUGCGUGCACCUUCGCUCACUGCCCAGUGUCCUUCCCCAAUGAGAAAAAUUUCAUAUUACUCGGAACGAAGGAGGGCUGGGUGCGCCAUGAGACGCUGUGGCACUGGCGAGUUGACAUUUGGAAAUGCCCACUCGCCUGCGAUUACACGACUUACCGCCAGGAGAAGAUGUUCUCUCAUCUUGUUGAACAUCAUCAUGUGCAAAUGUCUGAAGAGGAGGUGUGGAAAAUGAUGGUGCCGUGUGAGCAACGACCCGAGGAGUUGCCCAGCCAAGAGGAAUGCCAGUUUUGCGGAGCCAACUUCGGUACUUGGAAGACUUUUAUGGCUCAUGUGGGGAGUCAUUUGGAUAAGUUGGCGAUUCCGAUUCUGCGAAUGAUCAAGCAAGAUGGGCUUUUGGGGGAGUGGAUGAACGGGGAGAUGUUUUGA